AUGAUUGUUCCUUGGGCUGUCAUCGGCAUCUGUUAUGUAUGCUGCAUGUUUAUUCUGCUCAUCAUCCGGUUCCUUCUGGCGUGGGAAAACAGACGUCGAGAUAUGGAGGAACGUGACACGACUUAUGACGAUGGUUACAUUGAGGUUCUCCUACCGGACGGCACGCACGUGGAGAAGAAGGUAGAAAAGGUGUGUCAUGUUCUCUAUUGCCGCAGUACGAUGCACGAAUUGGUUCGUUGA